AUGCCGACCCUACGCAGCGUGCUCACGCAGGAGAAGCCGAUUGUGCCCUGCACAGUAACAUCCAGAAAGAACGCUACUAGCACAAAGUGGCCCAAUUUCAAGGGGAACGGCAUAAAGCCCUGGGAUGACUUCAGUCUAGCCGUGCUGAACAAGAGCUACGGCCAUAUACUCAAUCUCAACGCUCCUAUGGAAGACAUGGCGAGUGCACUUGAUGCACAAGGCAUGUUACUUAGGGCGGAGAUCAACGGCCUCGAAGACGUGUUGCACCUGGUGGCGUGGAACGAUCGGCUGCUGCGCCCGACGCUCAAGUUCGCAAAGAACCACGCUCAGCUGCACAACGGCGUGAAACUGCACCAUGAGGCAGCAAAAAUCGGAAACAAAUCCUACACGAAGCUCGCAGCCGGGCGGCCGCUGUAUGUCCACCACCGCAUCUUGCUUGAGGACAGCGAGACGAAGAGCCUAGUCCUCGGCCUCGGCUUACCGAGCAUCAAAUUCUCGGCUCGCCAGCUGUUGGAGGAUCCCACAAUCGAGGAGGACAGCUGGCCGCUGCGGCAGCUGGCAAACCUUUGCAAGAAAGCCGGUACCCGGUAUGGGUAUAUCGUAACGGAAAGAGACCUUGUGGUUUGUUGUUUCCACAUCCCGGCCUUCUGCACUGAACCAGGCCGGCUGGUCGUGUCCCUGAAACCAAUUCCAUGGUCGCUGUAUGGUGAGACGCAGCUGACCACUGACCUCGCACUCUGGUGGUUGUGCAUGUUGGCCAUGUCGGACCGGCAGAGAAGCGACAUCGUGACCGAGGCCGAGAUGGUUAGCAUUGCCCAUUGGGAAUGCCCCCCCGUCAAUAGCCCGUCGAAAUGCCACAGCUACUCGGGCGUUCAACUCGAGUCCGAACCUACUAUGAAGCUCGAUCACCCUGUUCAAUUCGAUCACAAUGUUCAAUUCGAUCACCCCGUUCAAUUCGAUCACACUGAUCAGUUCGAUCACACUGCUCAGUUCGACUUCAAUGAUCAGUUUGGUCCUACUCUCCCAAGCCUGACCAUAGCCGACGACUCUCAGUUACCUGAUCAGGGCACUACCGGGUCUACAUUUGGAUUUGAUCUGGAUUUUUAUAAUCCUUAG